AACGAUGCUGUCACCAGGUAUUUUGAUGGACUCAUACAGUAUGGCCAGGGCUAUGAAAAUCGCAUACAGUUUAGUGGUGACGUAGACAAAGGGGACAUCAGUAUCACCAUAAACGCAGUGACCAUGGAGGACAACGGGACAUACGCUUGCAGCGUUCGUCUAAGGAAUGACUCGCCGAGAAAGACCGCAAUCCUAUCUCUUUUCGUCCUUGUUGCACCAUCCGAGCCAGAAUGCAACAUUUUGGGGACAGCAGAAUAUGGACAGACAAUUAAUCUGACCUGCAUUUCUCACGAGGGCUCCCCAAAGCCUAAAUAUACCUGGCAAAGCUUUGACGUACAAAACAAUCCCCGUGUGCUACAAACCACAGAAGGGGAAGUAAUAACUCUGAAGAACAUCUCGGCGGAUACCUCUGGCUUUUAUAUCUGCACCUCAGCAAACACUGUGGGAAGGGAAUCUUGCAACAUGACGGUCAGCGUUAUGCCACCAUCCAUGAACAUCGCUCUUUACGCUGGCAUCAUUGGUGGAGUUGUUGCUGCAAUUAUAGUUAUUGGUAUUUUAGCCUAUUGCUGCUGCUGUCGGAAGGACAAGGACACAGACUAUGAGAUGACGGAGCGAGAAGACAGAAACGAACCCUCUAACGAGACGCUUGACACUAAUGAGAGAGCAAAGGAUGAGGACAAUGUUGGAGAUGAAUGA